UUGCCACAAUCCCACUGAGUAUACCAUGUAAAAAAUAAUAUAGUGAAAUAUAUGUCUAAGUUUACAUCUGAGGGUAGCUCCUUAUAUGGCUUAUUUUAACAUGAGUUGGUCGUGGCUAGAGAAUUUAUUUAUUGAAGCCGACAGGAAAAUAAUUGGGUUUUCUUACUGGGUCGGUCCUGUUUCCUCUGCUAUCUUUUGCUUACGAAGAGUAGAUUUCUAUAUUUGAAAUAAUAGUAAGUGGAAGUUCCAGUUUUCAUCAGUCUUCAUCGCAAAUCAACACUUCCACACUUCUAAUUGAUUUUCGUUGUUUACAUAUAAAAGAAAAAUAGCUAAAAAAGUAUAUACAACUUUCAAGCUCCUGUUCACUUCUUAUUGUUGACUUCUUUCAUAAAAUUUACUCGACGUAUUUUCUGUUUUGAAGAUUCCAUGUUAUGUUUGGGCCGCCAUCGCAGCAGAAUCAAAAUUGGGCGCCACAAUUUCGACCCCGUCCUCCCGCUCAAAAUAGCCACAUUUUACCCAACGCUUUUCCAGGAACUGUGGGUCACGCUUUAGGUCAGAACCCCCCUCAGAAUUCGCAACAUCACAACCCAUAUCAGUAUAGUCAGCAACAGUCUAGUGGUUUUAACCAGUAUCAAGUAAGACAGCCGAACUCAAAUAUGCAAACAGCUGCUAAUCAGUUUGUCCAGUUUCCUAUAGGCAGCCAAUUUGUAAGCAAUCAGUUUCAAAACGUUUCUGCUAAUUCAUUUUCGGCUAGCCAGGCGCAAUUUGGACGUCAACAUGUUUCUGCGCAAAAUGGAGGUUUUAGUGUCAGUGCCAGCAGUAAUGUUAGUCUUGGCAACAACAUGCAUCAACCCUUACCUUAUCAAACAUAUCAGAGUUACCCUGAAAAAUCAUCCUUCGCACCAAAUAGUGUAUACAGCGCUCAACCUGGAAUGCUAUCAGGUCAACAACAGUCUGGCAAUGUGAUCAAUGUACAGCAACAACAGCAGUUGGCGGUCGGAUACCCGUCAUGGACAAGACAGUUGAACAGACUACCUCCGAUAUACAGAGAUGUACUGAGAUACGCAGCUGUGCCUGAUGGUCAGCACCUUGACACUCCCAAACUGUACACUGUGUUGAUGACGUCACAAUUGUCGAAGCCAGCACUGGGUCAUUUGUGGUCUCUGGUCAACAAGGAGACAGUGGGAGUACUCAAUCUACAAGAGAGUGUGAUGCUGCUAGCACUAGUAGCACUUGUGCAGAACAAUAAAAUCAGUCUAGCUGGCCUGAACAACAUAUCAUUUCUACAUCAGCUGCAGUUGGAUCCCGCGUUCCCAAAUCCAAAUCUCUCUAUUCCUCCAACACUAAAAGACAACUUCACAGCUCACGUCCAAAAUGUAAUCAAGCAGAAAACUCCGAAUACUUUGCAAACUCAAUCAUUUGAAGGUUCAUCAAUUUCAAUGCAGCAAAAUUCGGUUCAGGUUCGUCGUGGAGUAGAAUCAAAGAGUGAAGCUUCCGGAGGUUGGGCUGGUUUCGCGAGUGAACCUAAUAAUGACGAAGGUUUCAGUUCGACGGACGGAAGAUCAGAGCAUUCACAUAAUUGUUCUUGCAUGGAGUCUUCGUGUGAUGAUGAUGGUGGCGGUGUUCCACGAGGUACUGUUGGGGCAGAGGGUGAUGAAUUGGAGGAGGAUGGAGGAGUGGUCUACAUAGCAGAAGAUAUUCUGUACUCAGGCUCAGAAGACUGCUCGGCCGCCGACUCAUAUCAGUCAAGUUCCUGUUCAAGUCCUGCACAAUUAGCAUCAAACAACAACAGUCCGAAACACACAUUCACAACAGGUCCACAAACACAACAUACAUCUAUCGGUCAACAACAACAACAGACUAAUACUUACCCAGUGCAUAACAGCAUACACAAACAUCAAACCCAGCAGCAAUCAAUACCACGCAGUACUGCACCGACGCUGAACAACAUGUCUGUUAAACAAACGUUGCAAUGGGGUGGUGGUGGUUCUUCGAAGUCAUCUGUUCAAAAUUAUGGGCACCAUGCAGAGCAAAAAGCCAAUGAUGGUCAACAAAAAAUUAAUGUUUCAAACGCUACGGCCGCAUUGACCACUGCUUCUUCAAAAGGAAAAGGUCAAAUUGAUGCAUUUCCGAAUCCAACGGGAGACGAGUUCGGAGAUUUCGCCGAUUUUGAAACUGCAAUGGCUGAACCAAUUACCGCGAACCUGAGCAGUGGCCCUGUCUCUGGAGAUGAUUCUUCUCCGACAGUUUCUAUAAAACCAAUUGUUAGUUUAUCUGGAAUGGCUAAGCCAGCUUCACCGGCUAUACCGGUGAUAGAUUUGAAAAAUAUUAUGGGCGCUAGCAGUCCUCGAAAUAGAACAAUUUCUUCAAGUUCAACGCUAAGCUCGCAAUCAAUCAAAAUACCAUCACUAUCAAGCCCGAAACUGGUUUCGCCCUGGGUUACAUUGCCAAUUAAUGUCAUUAAAGCGGAGCAAAUUAGGUCGAACCAUUCAAAUGAUUAUGAAAGUAAAGAAAAUAAAGAUUCGUGGUUUCAAAAGUUCCAGCAAAUCGAGCCAGAGAGGAAAAGAAGCGAAGGCGUUGAUGAUGAUUUCGACGAUUUCCAGGAUUUCACCGAAGCGCCGAGUUUGAAUCUUGAAACGAAUAGUUCUGGCCCUGAAAAAAAUAUAAAGAAGCCCUCAUAUGAUAACCAACCGGAAGUACAUAAAGGCAAACCAAUAGAAUCAGAAAGUAAAAACAGUACCAAUGAUACUGCUGAUAAAUAUGCAGUGUUUAGAGAUAUGUUAGUGGCAGAAACUAGUGAAAAGGCUUUGAUAGUUUCGACUGACGAACCAAAAGAUGUCACACCGGAAGUGGCUGAGAAAGAAAUACUCUCAACAAAUGGGAUGUUAGAUAUCGAAGACAAGUCACAAGAAAACAUAAACGAUGAUUUUGCAGAUUUCAAAUCUUUUCCGAAUUCUACCAAUAAAGCAAUAAGUUUGAAAUCAGAGACAGUUUCGCAUAGCGUUUCAUUGCAGAUGCAUGAAACCAACAUUUCGCCGGCAUUUCAGCCAUUUGAAUCGUUUAAUGCACCACAAGCUCUUGAUUCGUCUGAUUGGGCUAAUUUUGAGUCGUCAGUUGAGAGCAAAAAUACACCAGAGGUUUCUUUGAACUUCGAAAAGGAGGUCACAAUGUCAGAAAAUCGCCCAGGACUGGAAGCAAUACAAGGUUCUCAAAAAGUAGAAAAUGAUGAUAUUUUUAUGGCAGAUAACGUUGCUAAUUUAGAUAAUUCAAAUCGAUUAGAUUUCAAUCAAGAAAAAGAAACGAAUUCAGAUGAAUACCAAACUGAAAUAGAUCAGAAGGAAUCCACCGCAGUUCACGAAACAGAAGCAGCUGUGAGCGAAAAUGGUAUUGAUGCUGAGAAUGAACCAAAAAAGGUUGAAGACGACUGGGCUGAUUUUGAUUCGUUCACUCCUCGUUCCGAUGAAAAGCGAGGAUCGACAGUCGAGAAAACAACCAAUGAUCAUUCAGAAAAAAUCGAAUCAGCUGAAUUUGAAGAGAAACUUGCGGCUGAAAAUGACGAAUGGACUGAAUUUGGAUCCGAUUCGGCUAAUGAGGCUGGCCGUCCAGAUGUGUCUGGAUUGAUUUGGGCGAAACAGCAAGUGUCGGCGGACGGUCUAUAUGACAGGAUCAAGCAGACGAUUUUAGCCGAAGACGUGAAGAGGCCCAAAAUUAGACCGAAAUCAGCGGAAAUGACUCAAAAAGUUGAAUCGAAAACUAACUUCAGCUCAGAUAGUUCUCAAAAUGGUCCACUUGGAAGUAAAAAGAACUCAGAUGCUGCCGUCAAGAAUGACAAGCAACAGGGUGGGACAUUAGCAACAGAAAGAUACAUCAGCCUCAACGAAGAUUUCGUGGAAAAUUUCGAACUACCAAAGGAAUUCAGCGAUGGUACACGACAGAAAAAAGUGUGGGAACAAUUACUUACGCAGUGUGAAACAGUUUUGAAAACGGCAUUUGAAACAAUCGAAGAAACAUCAAGAGGAAGCUCAAGUUUGAAAGAUGAAGUACUCAAUAGCAACGAAUGGAUGGCGUUUUGCACUGGGGCUUGUUUGGUGUACGGCGUGUCAUUAAAAGUGAAGAGAUCAUUUGAGUCUUUCAAACUAUACGAUGAGAGCCUGAAGGAAUUGAUAAGGGCAAUUGAAGAAAGAUGGGUUCAAAUACAGCAAUAUAUUCCCGAGGAGGUAUCUAAAUCCAGCAUGUUCGUAGCGAGUACAUCAGAAUGCGAACUACCACCAGUGGCCCAAUUUGGAGCGGAGGCUUGUGGAGUCUGCCUACUGCAAAUAGACGAUCCAUCCAAACCACAACAACAGCCGAGUAGUCACAACACAAACCACCUCAAACACAGUGACGAGAGGUCACGACCUUUCAACGACAACAACCCUUCCCUUCACUGCAUAUCAUUCGGAGGUCGAAUAUAUCACGCACCCUGUGCUAAUCUGUGGGUCAACAAGGUAGACUUAGUGCUACCCUCUCUUCUACUGGUCGACGUGUUAUGAAGAGAAUUUUUGGAAUUUAAAGUCAGCGAUAAACGAUAGUUUAUUUUGAUCCUCGAAACUCUGCUGAACUUUGAAAUAUAUUUUUGGUUAUGGUCUGUUUGGUGCUUUCGUUUGUUUUUAAGUAAGUUUCAGUUCCGCGUUGACAACAUUUAAUGAGCCUUAACGCAAAUCACCCUUUUUGAUGAAUUGUUUUCUAGGCAUAUAUUUUUGAAAGGUACGAGUGAGGUGGCGGCAAUUGUUUUUAAAAAUAAAGUGAAACUAUUUGAUAGUUCAUUUGAAAUUUAUAUUUAUAAGCAAUUUAUAUGAAGCUAUUUUCAUUUCUAUGAAGCUCUUUCAAUGUCUAGAAAAUUGAAUAUAAUUUGGCUAGAUUGUAA